CGACUCUUGCGCUGCCGGCAGAAGAAUCGGCGAACAAGGCUGCCAAUGCCAAAGACCUCAUGUACUCCCGUGUGGUCGGCUAUCUCCUCUUCUAUGCUCCAAACGCCACUGCCCUGGCCACGCUUAAAGAUGACAUCGCAUCCUGCGACACGGCGGAUCAAGGUCCGCUCCAAGCUCUCUACAAUCUGGGAGAGUUCUAUGUCAAAAAUUUGCUCCUCAUCUUCAGAAAGACGAGAGGACGAACUCCUGUUCCUUCGGAUCAUCCUUCUCGCCCCUCCUUUGAAGUUGCGAAGAGUCAGGUCAUGGAGGAUCUGCAGUCAACACCACGCAAUCAUUCCGAUGCCAAACUCGCGGCCCUGGCUAGGGAUAACUUCCGCUGCAUGGUGACGGGCAGAGUCGACUUGUCUUCCUGUGAAAAUGGUCUUAUCGCGUAUUCUCCAGGGGAAUUUUUGUGCUGCGCGCAGUGCGCAUACAUAUUCCCGGACUCGCUUGGUAACAUUCGGGCAGGAGGAAGGGGCGACAAGGAACAUCAGGUCGCGACAGCUUGGAUGUUGUUGAAACGAUUCGGUCACAAGGAUGUCUACAACGAAUUGAAAUCGGACACCUCCAAGACGAAUCUUCAUCGGUUAGAGAACAUCAUGACACUCGAAUACUCCAUCCACGACCUCUUUGACAAGAUGUCGCUCUGGUUUGAAGCGCAGAGUGAGCCAAAUGUCUAUCGCGUCGCCAUGGCACCGCGCUUGGAGUUAGCUCGUUCUGGACUCGGUGUCCCGGCCACCGUACAUCUCACCGCGCAUAGCGACUCCCCUCUACCUAGCCCGAAGUAUCUUGCCAUUCAUGCUGCUUGUUGUCGCGUUGCGCACAUGUCUGGUGCCGCGGAGUACUUCGAUAUGAUACUUCGCGACAUGGAGGAGCUUCAGGUCCUGUCUGAGGAUGGCGCGUCUGCUGACGUCCUCGCGUACGCUCUCCCUCGUCUUGUAGAGCCUGAUGACCCGUACCGCGCAAUUGGCACUCGAUAA